CACUUAUCUGAGGAGGGCACAUUGAGUUGGCAAGUGUGAUCUAACGAGUGAAUUUUACCCCUAUCAGGAGCUACCGGUGAUCCAGUUACGUACAUAGCUUGUCGCCACGAGUACUUGUUCAAUGUUUCCCCGUUACGACACAUGUUACUACUUUUUCUUCGACCACAGUGAUCUGUACCUCUAGAGUUUUUGACCUGGGUAUGCCAUACAACUAUUAUGCUGUGUUGGUUGGGAGGGAGGGUACGCAGAUUUAUGAUAACUCCGCUAAGUUCUUCAGAGCGACGUAUGGGCUGAGCGGAGCGAGUGGUAGAGGCUUUGACACGAUUGAGGAGGCUCAACAGUGGUUAAAUAUGCAUUUCCGCAGAAUGGCCGCGAUGCAAAUGCGUACAGAUACAAAUAUCAAUGUGACGGUCAACAUCACCAAUAAUAUUAUGCAACCGCCUGGCGCAGGGGCACAGACAUCUUCGACGGCUGCGACAGCAAUGACAACGUCGGUCACCCACGGUUCAAGUACAUUUCCCCGGCAGCCAGUGCAUCACACACAUAUGGGGUCACACAUGCCGCCUCAGCACGUUCAACAGCCUCCGAGUCAGGUUCCGCCACCUGUUCCCCCGGAGCAGGAAGUUACACUUUCAGAGGAACAGGAGAGCAUUUUGGACUUGGUGAGGCGAAGAAAGAAUGUUUUCUUCACAGGUGCUGCUGGUGCGGCCUUCGAUCUGUUUUAUCGACGAAGCAUCCUUGAUACCAUUUUGUAGGAACUGGGAAAUCUGUCUUACUUCGGGAGAUUAUUAAGGUUCUUACGAAUAUGUAUAGUCCUGAGGAAGUUGCUAUAACCGCACCUACGGGUGUGGCUGGACUCAACAUUGGCGGGAGAACAAUUCAUUCGUGGGCGGGCGUAGGUUAUGGGAAAGAGUCUGUUCAAAGACUCUACAAUGGACUCUCAAUGUCUAAGAAAAGGCGGUGGAGGUCCACGAAGGCCCUA